CUAUUUUCUCUCUGCCAGCUAACAUCCAUUGGAGGUCCUCACAGAACGGCGCUGAGAGACAUCCCACGAGGAAGAAGAUCAACUUCCAUCAAAAAAAUUUCAAAUCUUUUGACUCCAUUCUUCUCAAUUCUCUCUCCUCUUUCUUGGAACGGGGAAAGAGAGAGAGGAGGAAGAAGGAAGCAGGAAGAUUCAAUGGAAGGGUCAUCAGGGACAUGGCAAGGACUGGCCCUCGUGAGUAUUGUGACAUGGAUCUGUCUAUCUUCCUAUCUGAAACUGACCCAGAAGUUUAGAUCUCUUGUUCAACCAUGGGUCGCUCGUCAAGUCGUCGGUGGCGUUCCCCUCAUCCUCGAAAUUCAGAAACAUCAGAACGGAGUGAUGGAUGCUUUCUUCUCAGGGCUUUCGUGUGUUGUCUCUGUGCCCUUUUACACUGCUUUCUUGCCUCUGCUCUUCUGGAGCGGACAUGGUAGAUUGGCUAGGCAGAUGACUCUAUUGAUAGCAUUCUGUGAUUACUUGGGAAAUUGCAUAAAGGAUGUUGUGUCAGCUCCUCGUCCGAGCUGCCCACCUGUUAGAAGGAUUACUGCCACAAAAGAUGAGGAAGAUAAUGCAAUGGAGUAUGGCUUGCCUUCUUCACAUACUUUAAACACUGUUUGCUUAUCCGGAUAUCUGUUGCACUAUGUGUUAUCCUUUUUUGAACAUGAAGAUGCGUCUAUCCGAUACUAUGGAUUUGCCCUUGCUUGUCUGUUGGUAGCCUUAAUUGCCUUUGGAAGGAUUUACUUGGGUAUGCACAGUGUGGUUGAUAUCAUCGCUGGUCUUGCCAUAGGAGUCCUUACUCUCGGUCUUUGGCUUACCGUCAAUGAAAAAAUAGAUAAUUUCAUUACCUCAAAUCAGAAUGUUAGCUCCUUCUGGACUGCUCUGAGUUUCCUGUUGCUCUUUGCCUAUCCAACCCCCGAGAACCCAACUCCAAGCUACGAGUAUCACACCGCCUUCACCGGAGUUGCUCUAGGAAUUGUGACUGGAGUUCAACAAACAUACAGCCAAUUCCACCAUGAAGGAGCUCCACGAAUCUUCUCACCAGAGCUUCCUGUUACAGCCUACCUUGGGAGAGUCAUGGUGGGGAUACCGACGAUACUGCUGGUGAAAGUCUGCAGCAAAUCUCUUGCUAAAUGGAUCUUGCCAACAGUAUCCAACACACUUGGGAUUCCAAUAAGAUCCACCACCUACAUUACCCAGCUCAAGCUCGACAACAAGGGAUAUGGAAAUGAGAAGAACACAGACACAACUAAGAACUCUGCUGGGUAUUCACAGAAACUGUGCGAGUUCCUGAAUCAGGACUCGUUUGAUAUUGACACCGGUAUAAGGUUCUUGCAAUACGCAGGCCUUGCUUGGUCUGUUGUUGAUCUUGUUCCUUCCCUAUUCUCUUACUUUAACUUGUAGUAACAGUUUCUUGCCUGGUGUUAUAUAAUCUUAGUAUGCCACUGUA